CUGGUAUUUCUCUCAACUCGGCUGUGAGUGUGAACUGCGCUGCUGGAUGUGAAAAAGUUUCUCCUGUUUCAAUGAAAACACCUCAUAGUUGCAGCCAUGGAGUGCCUGAAAAACUGCUGUAAGAACUUCAUUAAGAAGAAGGAAAAGGAACAGGAGACGCAAGUGAUCUCACUGAAGAUGCCUCCUAACAAAGCAGCAGAGCCAGGACGGGAUCCGUAUGAAGGGAGGAGGACAGUCACAGAGGAUUACCUCCUAUCCAAGCUGCCCCCGGAUGGCAGAGAGGUGCCGUUUGUUCUCCCAACCUUCAAGGCGUCCUACAUCCAGCCCAGAGGCUCCCGCUACCCCAAUUUACAGUCCGGGCUGCAGAGUUCGGCCAGGUGCACGUAUGCUGAGAGAAAGGCGGAGCUGGUGGGCUCCAGUCAGGCCGUCCACAGCUCAGAGGCCGGCUUCCAUCAGGGUCAGAUGGCUGAGUAUCUUUCCCCCGGGUCGACCCGCCGUGAUACACUGAAGAACAGGAACUCCAGUCCCCAAAAUCCAAGUCCAGGUUGGACUCCGAAGCCUGGCCAGCAGCGACUUAGCAGCUCCAUGUUUGAUCUGUCCACCUCACACAGUCACAUGCAGUGCUUCGACUCUGUGUCCAGUGUUCCUAGCAGCAAUUCCUCCAUGAUGGGGUCCAUUGAAAGCAGCCUGGACUCCAUCACUCUGUCAGGGGAUGAACGUGAGCUGGGGAAGGUGUGCGUUCGUCUGAACUACCAAGAGGCCCUGGAGCAGGUGUGGAUCACCCUGGUCCAGUGUUCAGACCUCAACCUUCCUCUGGAUGGAGCAGAACAACAAAAGAUUGGAUUUAAAGGGAUCAUCACCAUCCCCAAACCAAUACAGUUCAAGAGCUCAGUCAAGGAGUACUUUCAGGAUACAUGCUUCAUGGAGACCUUUGUGUUUGCGCUGCGUCUCCAGCAGCUGCGUUGUAGCGCCUUGGUGCUGCGGCUGCAGACGCACAGCCCCAAAAAACGUACGGUGGCGGAGUGCGUCCUCUCCCUGCGACAGCUCGGCCCUGAGGAGACAGAACACUGGCUGGACCUCAACCCUCCCUCCAAAUCCUCUGUGUGCCACUCCGAGCUACAUCUCACCACCUGCUUUCAGCCGGUCAACGGACGCAUCCAGCUUCAAAUCCUCGCCGCCCAAAACCUCCCAGCAUCCUCCUCACCACUCACCCAAGCAUUUUUUGUCAAGGUGGAGAUGCACCAGUUGGGGCGGGUGGUGAUGAACAAGAAGACUCGUGUGCUGAAGGCCUCUGGGGGUCAGUGUCAGUGGACGGAGACGUUUCACUUCUUCCUGGCUGCCUUAGACCACGCCUGCUCGCUGUCAGUCAAACUCUACAGCCGCAGCUCAGUUAGGAGGAAACAGUGUCUCGGACAGGUUCAGCUGGGAUUCGACAGCCCUGUCCCAGAAGCUGUGGAGCAGUGGAAGGACAUGAUGGCUCACCCAGAGAAAGUGGUGACAGCGUGGCACAGGCUGAGCGCUCCUUAAACCUCGUCCCCUAAUUUCCUUUUUACUCACUGUGGACAUACAGUAAUGAUCUUGCGCUGCAGGUCCUGCUACGCCUGCUUGCUUUUCCAGUUGACCAACUGCAGUCUGGUACGCUGAUAGGCAGUCGACUCUGAUGGACUGGACUGUAAACUACUGAACGUGCUCUGAAUGCCCUGGGAGACCAGAUUUCCACAGAGAUGCUUCAGGUGCUGAGUGAUCGGUUGUAAAUAGGGGUUUCGAACAAACCGUAGCUGCUGGAAAAGGUUUUAUGUAGGUAAAAUUAAGGAUUUUUCUUAAGGAGAAACAAUAGAGCAUUUGCUUAAUUAACAACAAGUCAGCAUAGCAUUUAGCUGUAUAUAAUGCUGGAUUUUGUAUGUUACUGCUUUUUAGUGAGAUCCUUGUUACUCUGUUUCAGCUGGAUCGAAAGUUUACAAGCAGAGUGAGUGACCAUAAAGCAAAACUCAUUGAGGAAAAAUUUACAUGUCAUCUUAAUUCCCUAUAAGGUGAGCUACAGUAGAAGGUUUUUAUCUCUAAUUUAACUACAUAGGCUAUAAUGUUACUGUACAAUACAGCAGCACCUGUAUCAAACCUUAGCUGUACGCUUUUAAUAAAAGCACUUUAAUUUUUUUAAUGUAUUUAAUGUUUUGCUGUUGAAAGUUUAGUGUGAUUAAAGCUAGGUG